AUGCCUGCCCCAAAGCCCAAGAACAAGUUUGGGCAUCCUCGAACUCUCUGCCCGAGCGCAGGGGCCAGGGUUCUCCGCUCUGCCUCGGAGCUUCGAAUUUUGGUGAACGCUGGAAGCAUAAAGGCGAUGCUCGGCGAAUACAGUGAUGACAUGGCCUUUGAGAUGCUGAAUUUCUUCGUGGACAGUGGCAGCAACUUCCUCGACACGGCGAACAGCUACCGAGAGGAGGAAAGCGAGAAGUGGCUACGCGAGUGGAUGGAGCUGCGGCAGGACAGAGACGACCUGGUCCUUGCGACCGAGUAUACGCAGUUAUUCAAGGCUGGCGCGAAGCUCCGGUACAACUAA